GAUGCAAAAACACUUCUAAUACACUUACUAUAACAAAUUUCUAGUUUCUUUACACACAAAUCCUCUCUCUCUUGUAGCUCCGCAAUUCGGUCUAACUCAAUGUUGACCAUUAGAUUAAGCAAACAACUGAGAUUUUUAAGUACACGUUUGUUUAUGCGUUUGUGGGAGUCAAAAUCGUGCUUGACUAAAGGAGUGUCUCAGACGAUCAUAUUUUUAAAUGGGGCUCAACUCAUUCUAGUAAACAAUUGUGGUGAAAGUGUAUGGCCAGGAAUACUUGGAGGUGCAGGACAACAAACACCAAAAGAUGGUGGAUUUCAUCUAGGAAGUGGUGAUGAAGUAGUAUUAGAUGUACAAGAAAAAUGGUCAGGAAGAAUAUGGGGAAGACAAGGUUGUGAGUUUGACAAUGAUGGAAAUGGUCAUUGUCUCACAGGUGAUUGUUUUGGUAAACUUCAAUGUAAAGGGUUAGGAGGAAUACCACCAGCAACAGUUGUUGAAAUGACAUUAGGAUCCUCAUCUUCACCAUUACAUUUCUAUGAUGUUAGUUUGGUUGAUGGUUUCAAUUUACCUGUUUCAAUGAAACCAAUUGGUGGUGGAAUUGGUUGUGGUGUUGCUUCUUGUGAAGUUGAUUUGAAUAUUUGUUGUCCAUCAGCACUUGAAGUGAAAAGAAAUGGUAAAGUUGUUGGUUGUAAAAGUGCUUGUUUGGCUAUGCAAUCAGCAAAGUAUUGUUGCACAGGAAGUUAUUCUGAUCCAAAAACUUGUAAACCUACCCUUUUUGCUAAUCUCUUUAAGGCUAUAUGUCCUAAGGCUUAUAGUUAUGCUUAUGAUGAUACUAGUAGUCUUAAUAGAUGCAGGGCACCUAGGUAUGUUAUUACUUUCUGCCCUCCGCCGCAGUGAUGGGGAAUCCGGUCGCCGAGAAAAAAGUUGCAAAGAUUAUGUUAUUAGUCAUUAGUGAAUGAAGAACUAAAUGUUUUAGUAGUAUUAUUCCUUCUGUUUUUAAUUUGCAUAGUUGUUAUGUUUUUAAGUCUUUUGUUAUUCUUCUUGAAUAGUCAUUGUUCUUACUCAUGAUAGUUUGUAACAAGGGUAGAUUGAUGAUAAAUACUAGCAUUUUACUUUUUUCUAUAAUUAUUGAUAAUGA